AUGUCGUCAAUAGGUGAUUACGUGGACUCUCCAUUAAUGGAGAACGAAGAACAUAUUGCUACCACUUCGGUUGCCCCUUCUGGUGAAGAUAUAUCAGCUCAUCUUCCAUCAUCUAAGCGUAAAAAUCGUUCACAAGAAUGGAAUCACUUUACUGAAGUGCCUAAUUCAGGGCAAAUAGCCAAAUGUCAUUAUUGUGGACACUUGAUUAAAUUCAAGGAUGGGACAAGUGCUAUGAUUAUGCAUCUGAAAAGAUGUAAGGAGCAUCCUGAUAAUCAAGAACACAAAAGGCAAAAAACACAAAAUGAGGAAUUAAGUGUUGUCUCUUCACCUCAUUCAACCUUUGACCAAGCGGCAUGUCGAUUGGAGCUUGUGAAGAUGUUUGUGGGAGCAGAACUUCCUUUUCGAUUUGUGGAGAAUGUGUUUUUUCGGAACUUUGUGAAUGUCUUACAACCACAAUUUGAUAUUCCAUCCCGCACUACAUUAAGGCGUGCUAUUUGGUCACUUUUUGAUGCGGAGAGAGAAAGACUUAAAAUUUUCAUCUCAAAACAUUGUGGAAGGGUUUGCCUUACGACGGGCACAUGGACUUCUAUUCAAAAUCUAAGCUACAUGAGUCUAACUGCACAUUUCGUUGAUAAAAAUUGGAAUUUGCAUAAGAGAAUCUUGAAUUUUUGUCAAAUCACGAGCCAUACAGGAGAGUUCAUGGAUUGUGGAAGGGUUUGCCUUACGACGGACACAUGGACUUCUAUUCAAAAUCUAAGCUACAUGAGUCUAACUGCACAUUUCGUUGAUAAAAAUUGGAAUUUGCAUAAGAGAAUCUUGAAUUUUUGUCAAAUCACGAGCCAUACAGGAGAGUUCAUGGCCAAGGAAGUCGAGACAUGCUUAAAUGCUUGGGAGUUGGAUCGUGUCUUUAGCAUAACAGUAGAUAAUGCAUCAUCUAACGACGUUGGAAUUAAAUUUAUGAAGAAGUGGAUGAAUGCAAGGAAUUGUUUGCUCUUGAACGGAGAAUAUAUCCAUAUGCGGUGUUGUGCACAUAUCUUGAGUUUGAUUGUAAAGGAAGGUUUAAAAGAUGAGGACAUAUCUAUCAUAAGAAUCCGGAAAGCAGUCAAGUAUGUGAGAUCGUCUCCUUCGAGAUUGGCAAGGUUUAAGGGAUGCGUUGAAAGGGAGAAAAUUUCUUAUAAAGGUCUCAUAUGUCUAGAUGUGGAAACUAGAUGGAAUUCUACAUAUUUAAUGUUAGUAACGGCUGUGAAGUAUAAAAAAGCAUUUGAUUUGUUAGAAAUUGCCGAUGCUAAGUAUGUCAAAGAAUUAUCUAAGGAUAAAGGCCCUAGAGUACCUCUAUCCAAGGAUUGGGACUUUGCUAAUACGGUGCUUCCUUUUUUGAGGAUUUUCUAUGACGCUACUGUGCGUAUUUCCGGCUCUUCAUAUGUUACUAGUAACAUAUAUAUGAAGGAGGUGUUUGCUAUUGGAAGGAAGAUCCGAUUAUUAUGUGAGCACAAUGAUGCAAGCAUAAAGUUGAUGGGGAUUAGUGUGAAGAGUAAAUAUGACAAGUAUUGGGGCAACAUUGAUGGAAUAAACGUGAUGUUACUGAUUGCUGUUGUAUUGGAUCCAACAAGCAAAUUUGGAUAUGUAAACUACUUUCUUGAUUAUUUUUUUGAAGUAGAUGGUGAGGCAUUGAAGACAAAAUUGUCAUCUUCUUUGAAAUCAAUUUAUCGAGAAUAUGAAGGUAGGGAGGAAGGUUCUCAAAGUAUGGGAGAAUCACAACCAGAGGAAGAUGAUAAUGAUAUACAUGGUAUGGGCUUCUACAAAAAAUCAACUGGGCAAAGAAUUGAUCCUAUGUUUGAGCUUGAUAAAUACCUUGCUGAAGAGUGUGAACCUUAUUUUGUCGACACUGGAGGAAGGGUGUUGGAUCCUCAUCGUAGUAAUCUUACACCUACGAUAGUGGAAGUGCUUGUUUGCACUCAAGAUUGGCUGAAAGGAUCUCCUUUCUCAAAUCUAUUUGACGAGGACCUUGAAGAACUUGAAACCUUUGAGAAAGCUGCACUUGUUCGCUUUUCUAUAGCGGGAAACUUCCUAAGACUUCCUGCUGUCACUGUUCCGGUUGGGUAUGAUAAAUUGGGUUUGCCUAUUGGUCUUCAAUUCAUUGGAAGGCCUUGGUCUGAAGCAACACUAGUCCACUUAGCAUUUGCAAUGCAGGCUAUCUGCAUGUCAGAUUACAGAAAGUCAGAGCAUUACUAUGAUCUGCUAAGAAGAUAA